AGUUGCGUUGGCUCAAGCGCCAUGGCCGAUCCGGAUGAAUGCCUCAAUGACCCGUACCAGGACAUCAGUGAGGAGUUUGGUUGGUACGCCGAGGACCUUGGCCGGAGCAAGGAGGAGGAGAAUGAUGUGAAUCCCGAGGAGGAGGUGGACUGGGGCGACAGCGACGGCGAGGGCGAGGGCGCGCGCGUGGGCUCACAUCAGGAGCCGGAGCCUGAGGCUCCGGGGGAUGAGAGUGAUGACUGCAUGAUCGUGUCCGUGGAGCCCGCGCCAAAGGCGAAGCCCAAGGCCAAGGGGAAGGGGAACAAGGUCAAGGAGAAGGCGAAGGGCAAGGGAAAGGGAGUGAAGGGAAAGGGAUCCAAGGGAAAGGGCUCCAACGGCAAGGGCUCCAAGGGCUCCAAGGGCUCCAAGGGCUCCAAGGGCUCCAAGGGCUCCGAGGGCAAGGGCGUGGAGCCCAGCGGCAAGCCGCCGCCCUCCCACGAGAGGAACGCCACCGCCAAGCCCAUGCCGAAGCCGGUGAUCACGGCGGCCGUGGUGCGCAACCCUCCGGUGAAGGCGGCGCCCAAGCCGGCGCCCAAGGUGGCGCCCAAGGCGGUGCCCACGGCGGCCCCGGUUGUGCCGCAGGUGCCGCUAGAGGUGUUGCUGCUGGAGCAGGUGAGGCAGCAGCUGCUGCUAGAGCCCGGGAAGCGCGCGUCCAUGCGGCGGCUGUUGACACAGAAGAAGGUGCUGCAGCUGCUGAAGCGCCUCGGCCAAGAGCGGCAGAGCACGAUCAGCCAGCUGCCGGAGGAGCUCCGCGGCGUCUUGCAGAACAAGCCCGCCUUCCAGGUCUCGGAGGAAGCUUCGGUGCAGGACGUGCGCGUGAGCCUCACGGACGAGGGUGAGCAGCCCAUAGUCGAGCAGGCUCAUUUCGACCUUGCCUGGGCGACCAUUCUGGACACCGGCGUUAGCACAGGCGCGGGAGCUGCAGUGGCUUCAGGCCCAAAAGCUGGCCAACUCGCUUCCGCCUGGCCGGCGCAAAAGCCGCCGAUCGAGCCGGAGAAGCGGGAUGCACCACAUCCUCCGGCCUACCCUCCGCCAGGCUACAAGCCGGAUUGGAAGAGCCUUACUCCCACGAUCAAGCGGGUGCCCGCACCGCGCCGGGGGAAUUCCGCCAGCGAGCACAUGGAGUCAGCGGAGGUGCCAGUGCCUCCACCGACCCCUCCCCAGCCAAGGCCACCCCCCGGCCCUCCCAGCAGAGGGCCUCCCAGCCGAGGGCCGGCCCGAAGCGACAUGCCGACGCCUCCGCCGGGCCCACCCCCACGACCGCCGAACUCAGUCGCGCAGACCCCGCAGGUGUCUCAAAUGCCAUCCCCCGCGGUGCCCAGAAACAUGGCAGUGGGAGCCGUGGACAACGAGGGGAGGCCUUAUGACUUGAAUCGCGUGGUCGUGAACUUCGCCAAUGUGGGCGCCACUUAUGGGAGCCGCGUCUUGAAGCGCGACAAGCAGAACAGCUACCUCUUCGACUACGAGGGGGUGAGAAGAUGUGUGCGGCAUUUGACCCAGAAGCUCCAGCUCCGAGUCAUUGGCGUGAUCUUCGAGAACUUCCACGGGGCAGAGAAUGGCCGGGACGUGUUCGAAGUGCCGCCGGACAUCUCCUCGAUGUGCGAGAGCAUCGAGCUCACCCCGCGCUUGCUGGGGGCGAGGCACAAGAGCGCCGAUGACGAGAUGACCAUCAAGUGCGCCUACCGCAGGAACUGCAAGUUCCUGGACAACGACAACUACCAGGACUGGCGCAGCUUCCUGGCGGACGAGAACGUGCGGACCUGGCUGCUGCACUGCCAAGAGUUUCUGCAGAUGAGGUUCUACUUCGACUCGGGCUUGGGGGAGUUCGAUGUGCUGGAGGGCAACAUCCCACAAGCGCGGCUGGCGCAGGGCCCCUCGCAGCCCAUGAAGCGCCAGUGCUCGAGGUCCUGGAGGUGAG